GGUAUACACAUCGGGUGGCAGCCAUUCCCUGCACACUCUGUUCGUUAAAUUCACUCAAGUUUGAAAGCGGAUUGGUGUUUCAUAAAUAAGAAGAGGGAUAUACAUUUUUUCUCCUGUAAUAAGUUGAAUCCAGGGGAUGAUGUCACGGUAGUUGCCUCUGUAGAUGGAAUAGCUGUCCUCGUUGACCUACAAGACUAGGACAUCAGCGAUGGACAUUCAGAACUUUGAGAAAGGGCGUAUAAAAGCCCUGCAAGAUGAAAGAGUAUAUAUACAGAAAAAGACCUUCACAAAAUGGGCCAAUGCCUUUCUGGAAAAGGCAAGACUGGAAAUCAAGGAUCUUUUCACGGAUCUUGCUGAUGGAAAGAUCUUAAUGAAACUGUUGGAGAUCAUUUCGGGAGAGACAGUUGGUAAACCUAACAAGGGUUUAAUGCGUGUACAGAAAGUGGAAAACUGUAGUCGAUGUUUGAAAUUCUUAGCUACAAAGGUCUACUUUGAGAAUAUCGGAGCAGAAGAUAUUGUAGAUGGAAAUCCUCGUCUCAUCCUCGGUCUUAUCUGGACUAUAAUUCUUCGCUUCCAGAUCCAAGAGAUUGAAAUAGAAGUGGAUGAGGAAUCGACUGAGAAAAGAUCAGCUAAAGAUGCUUUAUUGUUGUGGUGUCAACGGAAAACUCAGGGGUAUCCUGGUGUCAACAUUACAAACUUUUCAACCAGCUGGAGAAAUGGCCUGGGAUUCAAUGCCCUUAUCCAUGCUCACAGACCCGACCUGAUAGACUAUGACAGACUGGCUCCAGAUGAGCAUAUAGAAAACCUGAACAAUGCUUUCACGUGUGCCAACAGCCAGCUUGGUAUCCCACCUAUCUUGGAUGCUGAAGAUGUGGAUGUUAACCGACCUGAUGAGAAGUCCAUUAUCACCUACGUGGCCUCCUACUACCAUUACUUCGCCAAGAUGAAGAGCGAGAUGACCGGAGGAAAGAGGAUUGCCAAGAUUGUGGGCCUGAUGAUGGAUGUAGAGAGUAUGGUGGACGACUAUGAGACUCUCACGACACGCCUUCUUGAGUGGAUUGUACGGAAAGUGGAGGAACUCAAUGACCGCAACUUCCCCAACUCUGUUGAGGGUAUUCAAAAGGAGCUUAUCAAGUUCAAGGAAUACCGAACUGUUGAGAAACCCCCAAAGAUGAGAGAGAAGGGGAACAUUGAAGCCCAGUACUUCAACAUACAGGCCAAACUGAAGGCUAAUGGUCAGAUUUUGUACACGCCCCCCGAGGGACAAUUCAUUCAUGAUAUAGAGACUGCCUGGAUCUGUCUAGAUAAGUCUGAACAUGUCCGGGAAGUCGCACUCCGGGAUGAAAUGAUCAGACAAGAGCGGCUUGAACAACUUGCCCAACGAUUCAGAAGAAAGGGUGAGAUUCGCGAAUCCUGGCUGGAAGACAUGGGGCAGAUUUUGGAUGAGAAGAUUGUAUGUGAUGAUGUGGCCACCGUGGAAGCUGCUGUGAAGAAACAUGAAGCCAUCAGUGCUGAAAUUUUAGCAAGGAAAGACAGAUUCAAGGCACUGAGAGGACUAGCUGACGAACUUGUACAGGGAAAUUAUCAUGCAAAGGGAGCAGUCCAAAAAACAGAUGAAAGGAUUGCUAAAAAAUGGCAGGACCUCCUCGACAAAUUGGAGAAAAGGAAGCUGACACUGUCAGGAUUUAACAACCUGAUGAACAUGUUCCGGGAAAUAGAGAGUAUCCAGGAGGAGCUCAAGGAAGUGGAGAACAAGGUGAAGAUAGAUGAGUAUGGCAAGCACCUGCAGGCUGUGGAGGAAUACCUACAGCAACACAGUCUGGCCGAGACACAGCUCAACUCUCUAGGCAAACGCAUGCGCAAUCUAAACAGGCGCUCAAAGAGCUCAACCGAUGCCUCCCAUCCAGAGGGCACCGUCCUAGAACAGAGGCUUAAUGAUGUCAACAAGGCCUACGAUAGGGUGAACGAUAUGAGUAAUGUACGCCACAAAGGUCUGGAUGUGGCUAAGAAGUAUUACCAGUUUCUACAGGAUGCCGAGGAAGAAGAGAGAUGGGUCUUAGAGAAAGUAGAUGUCUGUCGGUCUUCAAAUAUCGGCAAAAAUCUCAACGCUGCUCUUGUACUGCUUAAAAAGCAUGAGGCCCUGGAGGCGGAAAUGCAUGGACGAUGGCCGCGCUGUGAACAGAUGUGUGCAGUGGGUCAAGAUCUGGUCAACAGUGGGCACAAGGCACGCACAGAAAUUGGCUCCAAGAUCAACAGCCUGAUGGACAAAUGGAAACAACUCAAGGAGUUGGCUGCUCUGAGGAAAACCAAGAUAGAAGAUGGCAUCGAGGCUCAUCAGUACUAUGCCGAUGCUAAUGAGGCCGAGUCCUGGAUGAGGGAGAAGAUGCCCAUUGUCACCAGUGAUGAUUACGGUCGAGAUGAGGCUAACUCGCAGGCCCUCUUAUCUCGGCAUAACCGAUUGGAAGAGGAAAUUCGAGGAUUCAAAUCUGAAAUUAUGCGUCUUGAUGAACUAGCACAAUUGAUGACAAAAGCUGCUAGUGAGCACAAUAUUUCGCCAGAAAAGUUUAUGCCACAGGAGAACGGACAGAAUUCAGAUGAAGAGGAACUUGUAGAGGAGCUUGUCGAUGUUCCUCAUGAAAUAGAGGUUGAAGAGGUUGUGGAAAGGGAGGUCAUCCAAGAUGUUGUAGAAACACGAAAAAUUCCUCAGGUCAAAGCCAUGUAUGCUUACAAAGGACAGGGAAUGAAAGUGGACAAAGGGGAGAUCAUGAUAGUGGUCCAGAGAACCAAUGCAGACUGGUGGCAGAUCAGGAAAUCAGAUGGAACGGAAGGCUUUGUUCCGGCCAACUAUGUUGCUGACAUUGAACCAAAGGUCACACAGAAAAUUGUCAAGAGGCCUACAAAGGUUCCAGAGAAGGUCAAGGUUAAAAAGACAGUUAUGAAGAAAGAACUAGUGAAAAAGAAGAAAGAAAAAGAAAAGUCUUCCAAGCUGAGAAGGGCUCCUUCUGUGAGAUCUAAGGCCAACCUUCAUUUUGACAAAGACAACGUUGACAAGAGGCAGCGACAAGUGAACGUCACCUACAAUAAACUUGUUAGGCUAGCUCAGGCACGAAGGAUUGCGUUGGAUGAUGCCGUAGCCCUGUUCAAGUUUUACCUGAAGUGUGAUGAGUUGGAAGCAUGGAUGAUGGAAAAGGAACAAGUGUUGACCAGCAAGGAAAGUCUAGCAGACAACAUGGAGGCUGUUAGAAAGAAGUUUGAGAAUUUACUUACCAGCCUUGCUGCAAACAAAGGUCAUCUGGACAGCAUCAACAAAUUGGCUGAUGAGAUCAUCAAGUCGGGCAGUAGUCAGAGAGAUAAAGUGAAAAAACGUCGCCAGGAAAUUAAUGACAGGUGGGACAGAUUAAAUCGUCUAAAGAUGGAGAAGGAGAAGAAUUUAGAAGGAGCCUCAAGUAUAGAGAUGUUCCAAUCGACAUGUGACGAGCUGGGAGAGUGGAUGAAAGAUAAGGAUGCCAGUCUCAACACAGAUGAGGUGGCCAAUAACCUGAAGGCCAUUGAAGCCCUACAGCGUAAACAUGCAAACUUGGAACGAGAGCUGGUUCCUGUUGAAGAGAAAAUGAACAGAAUGAAUUACCUGGCAGACUCUGUAAGAGCAUCCUACCCAGACGAGCGGGAUUAUGUGGAUCAGAGACAGAGUGAGCUACAGAAUAUGUGGGAUAACUUAAAGAGAAAGGCUGAUUCUAAAAAGGACAAACUUGGAGACUCACAAGAACGCCAGCAAUUUAAUGAAGAUGCCAAUGACUUGAUGGCAUGGAGUAGUACCAUGAAGUCUAAGCUGGCCACUAAUGAGAUGCCCCGUGAUGUACAGAUGGCAGAGAGUAUGAUAAAGGAUCAUGAUGAACUGGCUGAUGAUAUUGAAGCCCACAAACCAAAAUUUGAACAAGUAAAGGCUCUAGCAUGCAGUGUCCUGCAAAAAACACCAGAUGCAUCAGAUGUAAAAGAUAAAUUGGGAAAACUUGAAGAGGAUGAAAAAGCUAUUAAUGAAAUGUGGAUCCAUAGAAAAAACCAGUUACAGGAUGCCUACGAUUUACAGGCAUUUAACAAGGAUGCAGACAACAUCGACUCAGUAACAAGCAGCCAUGAAAAAUUCCUGGAGUUUGCUGAUCUUGGGAGCACUGUUGAUGAUGUGGAGUCAUUAUUCAAGCGACAUGAAGACUUUGAGAGUACCCUGCAGGCCCAGGAUGAGAAAUUAAAGGCCCUUGAUGACCUGGCUAGCAAGCUGAUUGCAGGGGACCAUCCUGACAAGGACCACAUUGAUAACCGUCGGAACCAAGCACUGGAGAGACGACAGAAAGUGAAGGAGAAGGCAAUAGAAAGACACAAUGCCCUGCUAGCUGCCCAGGGCUCUCAGGAGUUCAAGAGAGAUGCUGCCGAGUUGUCGUCAUGGAUGAAGGAAAAAUACAAGACUGCCACUGAUGAGUCUUACAGAGAUCUCACCAACCUCCAGGAAAAACUUAAAAAGCAUCAAGCUUUCGAGGCAGAGCUCAAGGCCAACAGCGAGGGCCUCAAGUCUUUGAAUGAGCAAGGAAAUGCUAUGGUACAGGAUAAACAUCCUGCUACUCCCGAAAUCAAGGUCAUCCUGGAUGACCUCAAUACUCAGUGGAAGGACCUGUCUGAUAAGUCUGCCGACAAAGGGAACAAACUCCGUCAGGCAGCCAAGCAGUACGCUCUCAACAAGGCGUUGGCUGAUGCUCAGGGAAAAUUAGAUGAGAUGGAGAAGUCUGUGGCCAAUCCUGAUGUAGGGUCUGACCUCCGAGGAGUCAAAGCCUUGCUGAAAAAACACCAGAAUCUGGAGAGUGACCUUGUCUUGUUAGAUGCAACCAUCAAUGACAUCAUUUCUCAGGGCCAGGCUCUGGCCGACUCCGGCCAUUUUGACAGUGCUGGUAUCCGUAAGGCUGUGGACGUCUUCAACACCAGGUUUGGAAGACUGAAGCCAGAGGUAGAGAGAAGGAAAGGCCUGCUACAAGAUUCACUACAUUUCUAUCAGUUCAAGUUUGAUGCAGAUGAGGAGAUCAUUUGGAUCAAAGAGCACCUGCCUGCUGCUUCAUCAACAGAAUAUGGCAAAAGUCUUGUGGAUGCCCAAAACCUGCAUAAAAAACACCAGAAACUUGACCUUGAGAUCCUCGGCCAUCACCCCAUCAUUGAGAAGGUGUUGGGUACGGGUGAGAAGCUAAUAGAGGAGCGCCAUUCCAGUGCUAAGCAGAUCAAGGACAAAUGUCAGGAGCUUCAACUGUCCUGGGAUGACCUCGCCAACAAAUCCAAGAUACGCAAGAAGAAUCUUGACCUCUCCGUCCAGAUCCAGAGGUACCUGUCAGAAGUAGCUGAGGUAGAGAACUGGAUCAAUGACAAGAUGGUUCUGGUGACAAGUACAGACUAUGGUAAAGACGAGUCGGCGGCUGACAAAAUGCUGACCAAAAACAAGGUGCUGGAGACCGACAUCCAGACAUAUCAGGGGAUUGUAACUGGACUCAGUAAGGAAGCCCAGAGGAUCUUCAAGAUUGGCUGUCAGGACCCAUCCAGUCUACGGAAAGCCCAGAUGAUUGAAUCCGUUCGUCGCAAGGACAACUUACAAGACUUCCUGAACAAAUUGAAGCGCAUUGCAGCUGAAAGAACCCAGAACCUAGAAAUGUCUAAAUGGAUGCAUGCUUACACUCGGGAGAGCAGUGAUCUGGAGGGCUGGAUAGAACAACAGAUGCAGAUCGCAUCUUCUGAGGAGUACGGUCAGGAUUACGAGUAUUUGGUUAUUUUGAGGAACAGAUUCGAUGAGUUUAAGAGGUCUAUAGAGGCUGGUGGUGAGAGGUUUAAUCAGUGUGAGCGACUGGCUAAGACUCUGCUGGAAGACAACGUCCCAUACCGGGAACAGGUGGAGGAGAGGCAGGACCAACUCAGAGAAUCCUGGAACAAUCUGUUGGAGCAGAUUGAGGCAAGAGACCAGAAACUGUAUGGUGCUGGAGAGAUCCACAGGUUUAAUAGGGAUGUGGAGGAGGCCCUCACCAGGAUACAGGAAAAAUACUCAAGUAUACCAGAUGACCUUGGAAGAGAUUUAUUUGCUACACAAAGUUACCUCAAGAAGCACGAAGGAUUUGAGAAUGAACUCAUCGCACUGGAGGCUCAGCUUCAGGUGUUGAUUGAGGACUCAGACCGCCUCCAGCAGACGUACCCGGGAGACAAUGCUGCAGAGAUCGAGCAGCUCCAGGCUACUGUGGUAGAGAACUGGGGGGUUCUCCAGGACCGCGCUGCACAAAGGAAGGAGGAAUUAUUGGCCGCCUCGGAACUUCAUCGCUUCUCUGCAGAUGUACGUGACCUGAUGAGCUGGGUCCACGAGACGGAACAUGAGAUGUUAGCGGAGAAGCCUGUACGAGAUGUACACAGUGUUGACAUGCUGAAGGCUCGUCAUGAAGAACUCAAGGCUGAGAUUGAUGCCAGGGAUGAGACUUUUACGACCAUCUGUCAGACAGGCGAGGCCAUGAUCCAGGCAGAUCACUACGCCAAGGAUGAUAUUGAAACUAAGGUAAAGCAGGUCCAGGACACACGAGAGAAACUGAACAAGACAUGGGAAGACCAGAAGAAUUAUCAUGACAAACUCUAUGAACUGCACACCUUCCUGCGAGAUGCCGGGCAACUCGACACCAUUAGUUCUUCACAAGAGGCUUACCUGUCCAGUUCGGACUUUGGCACUGACAUUGACCAAGUGGAAAUGUUCAUUCGUAGACAUGAAGCAUUUGACAAAGUGCUGGAAGUCCAGGAAGACAAGUUAGAAGCAUUGAAGGACCAUGGUACUGAGCUUAUUAAUAGUCAACAUUUUGAGGCUCCCCAAGUCCAAGCAACACUCGAUGAUGUCACUGCCAGGCGUUCGGGGAUCAAAGACCAGAGUGGAGUACGUUCUCAGAAACUGGACGAUUCCCUCCUGUACGCUCAGUUCAACAGAGAUGUUCAUGAGUUUGAAGGCUGGGUAGAUGACAAGCUUAAGGUUGCUUAUGAGGAUGAUUUCCAAGAUGUGACAGAUUUAAACGAGAAGAUGAAGAAGUUACAAAAGCACCAAGCCUUCGAGGCAGAAAUUAAAGCUAACACAGAGGGCGUUGAGAAGAUUAAAGAGAAAGGGAAUGAACUGGUGCGGAGGAAGCACCCUGAAUCGGACAGAGUUCGUCAGUGUAUGCAGCGCUUCUCCUCCAAGUGGAAUGAGCUGCUGCAGGGAUCUAGUAACCGUGGGAAAGGUUUGGAGGAAGCCAAGGACAUUCUCAAGUUCAACGAGCAGGUGAACAAGGUGGAGGCCUGGAUCAGAGAGAAGGAGGCGCUGGUCAAUGCUGGAGACCUUGGCCGUGACUAUGAACACUGCUGUGAGCUUCAGAAGAAAGCCAAUGACUUGGAAUCCGCUGACUCUCUUGGUGGUAUUACUGUAGAUGAUAGUCGUAUCAAAGCCAUCAAUGACCUGGCCACCAAGCUCAUCUCACAGGGACGAACAGACACCAUGGCCGUCAAACAGAGGAGGGACGAGAUGAACCAAAAGUGGAAAGAUAUCCAGGGUGACCUUAACAGCUACAAACAGAAGUUGGCAGCUGCCUUGGAGAUCCACGCCUUUAACCGUGACGUAGAUGACAUUGAUGACCGUAUCAAUGAGAAGGCUGUGCUGCUGGCCAGUGAGGACAUGGGCAAGGACUUGCCUGCCGUAGAGGCCCUGCAGAGGAGACAGGAGGAGAUGGAACGGGAUAUGACCGCACUUCAGACUCAGCUCGAGAGAAUUGAGCUGCAGUGUCGUCAGCUCUGUAACAAGUAUCCAGAUAUGGCAGAUUCCAUCCUAUCUAAACAAAAAGAGGCCCAGGACAACUGGGAGAAACUGGAGGACCUCUCCGACCUCAGGAAGUCGAGGCUGGCAGAGUCCUACAAACUACAGAAGUUCCUGACGGAUGCUAGAGAGCUGAUUGCCUGGUCAGGUGACAUGACCACAAGGAUGAAUGCUGCUGACCUAGCCAAGGACGUUCCUGAGGCGGAGAGUCUACUACAGAUGCACCACGAACGCAAGGCGGAGAUUGAUGGUCGUAAACCCCACUUUUCUGCUGCGAGAGAAUAUGGUAACAAAUUAAUAGAGUACAAACAUUACGCCUCCGAGGAAAUACAGAAGACCAUCGGUCAACUUGACCACACAAAACUCUCACUGAAUGGAGCUUGGGACAAACGCAAUGUUGUCCUCACUCAAUGUCAUGACCUCCAGGUUUUCAUCGAGACAGCAGAGCAGGUGGAGUCGUGGAUAUCUACCAAGGAGGCUUUCCUGUCUAAUGAUGACCUUGGGAAUACCUUGUACAGUGUUGAGGCCUUAAUUAAGAAACAUGACGGAUUUGAGAAGGCGACCGCAGCCCAACAGGACCGACUGGAAGACCUGAAACAGUUCGCACAAAACCUGAGAGAACAGAACCACUACGCAACUCACGAGAUUGUAGACCGCUGUCAGGCGGCAGUGGAACGCACCAGGCGGUUCAUGGACCAAUCAGCAGCCAGGAGGCAGAAGUUAGAGGAUUCCAAAAACUACCAGCUCUUCCUCAGGAAUAUGUAUGAAGUGUCUAACUGGAUAAAUGAGAAGCUCCAGGUUGCCCUUGAUGAGUCCUACCGGGACCCUACCAACCUACAAGCCAAGCUACAGAAGCACCAAGCGUUUGAGGCUGAGGUGACUGCCAACAGGAACCGUGUGGACGCCGUUGUAGAGGAGGGCAAGGGACUGGAAAAAGAAGAGCACUACGCCAAGACUGAUAUAGAGAAGCGACUGAACGAGUUAGAGUUGAGUUGGGAAGCUCUCAUGGCAGCCAGUGCUGAAAAGAAGGACAGGCUCCAGGACGCCUACCAGGCACUGAUGUUCAAUCGAGUGGUGGAUGACCUCAUGUCAUGGAUGGAAGAUGUGGAGUCACAACUCAUGUCAGAGGACCAUGGCAAGGACCUCACCUCCGUCAACAACCUUCUCAAGAAACACCAGAUGCUAGAACAGGACAUCCAGAUCCAUAGAGAGAAGGUGACCGAUGUCCAGGACGCUGCUCAGGUGUUCAAGGAGGCUAAACACUUUAUGAACAAGGACCUGCAAGCUAGGGCCAAAGAAACAUCUGACAGAUACAAGUCCCUGACAGAGCCUUGCACCAUCAGGCGUGACAACUUGGAAGAGGCACUGUUGAUGUAUCAAUUCUACCGUGAUGCAGAGGAUGAGAUGUCAUGGAUACAGGACAAGAAACCAGUCGCCUCUUCCACUGAUCUCGGGGCCUCAUACCCAGCCGUCCAGAACCUAAUGAAAAAACACCAGGCAUUAGAGGCAGAGAUCAUCGCUCAUGAACCUCUGAUUGAUGAGGUAGCUAGUAAUGCACAGAGAAUGAUUCAGUCCAAACAUUUUGCCAGCCAAGACAUCGAGGUACGACUUGAUGAACUACACCGCGACCUUCAGCAGCUCAAGGAACAGACAUCCGUCCGCAAGGUCGCUCUACAAGACUCCCUGGAAUCUCAAAAGUUUUACGCUGAGAUAGCCGAGGCUAACAGCUGGAUGGAUGAGAAGAUUCCUGUCCUCAGUAGUCCUGACUACGGUAAAGAUGAGGAUACCGUACUGGCUUACACAAAGAAACUGGACGCCCUGGAGAGAGACAUUGAUAACUUUAGUAACAACAUCGGUGAACUGGCAGCACUGAGUCGAACCUUAGUGGACAAGGGUCACUAUGACAGUGAGAAUGUCAAGAAACAACAGGCAUCUGUUGAGAAUAAACACAGCCAUCUCCAGGAUCUGUCCAGCCAGCGCCGUGCCAGACUUACCGAUACGAAAAAACUGUACGAAUUUUACCGUGAAGCAGAGGAGGUGACUGUCUGGAUCUCUGAUCGAGUCGUCAUAGCAGCAUCGGAGGACUACGGACAAGAUCUUGAGCAUGUGGAGAUGUUGCAGCAGAAGUUUGAAGACUUUAUCCAUGACCUCAACUCGAGCGAAGAGAGAAUCACAAAGGUUGAAACCAUGGGAACCACCAUGAUUGAAGCAGAACAUUUUGAGUCUGAGAAGAUCAAGAUGAGAUUGGAGGAGAUUAAUCAGAUGUGGCUGGAAUUAAAGGAUGUUACUAAGGCUCGACAAGAUGCCCUAGCAGCUGCUAAGCAGGUACACAUGUAUGGUAGGGACGCAGAUGACACACUGGACUGGAUCCAGGAGAAGGAAGGGCUUGUUACCAAAGAUGAAUUCGGCCAUGAUCUGGAAAGUGUGCGCGCACUACUUAGUAGACACGAAGGACUUGAGCGUGACCUUGCAGCCAUCAGUGAACAGGUGGAAUCCAUCACCAAGGAGGCGGAGAGACUGAUCAGUCAGUUUCCAGAUGCCCAGGAACAUAUCGCCAUGAAACAUGAGGAGAUGGUGCAGUCCUGGAACAACCUUGUGGAGAAGGCCACACUGCGUAAGGAGAAGUUACAACAGGCUGACCAACUUCAGGUCUACUUCAACGAUUACAGGGAACUCAUAGCAUGGAUUAAUGAAAUGAUCGCCAUCAUCACAUCAGAGGAACAUCCACGAGAUCUGUCUCUGGCUGAAGCCAAGAUCACGUUAUGUAAGGAACACAAGACAGAGAUAGAUAGUCGGGAGGAAGUCGUCAGCACCUUCAGGGAGACAGGACAAGUCAUGAUCCAAAAUGGUCACUUUCUGUCCGACGAGAUUCAAGAGAAAGUGAAAGACCUAAACUCGGCCUGGGAAGCAUUACUAAGUACAUUUGAAACCUACAAAAGGAUCUGUGACCAGAACCUUGAGGCCCAGCAAUUGAAACACGAGAUGGAGCAGUUAGAAGCCUGGAUGACUAUCAGGGAGCCGUUAAUGAAGGAAAAGAAUUAUGGGAGCAACAUACAGGCUGUCGAGGAGUUACUACGGCGACAGGAUGACUUUGAGAAAACUGUUGAAGCUCAGUCGGAAAAAUUCAAAGGAAUAUGUCGUAGAACACAGUUAGAACAGGCAAUCCUAGACAAGAAGCAGCAGGAGAUUGAACAGGAGAAUGCCAGAAGGGAGAUGGAGAGACUUGAGGAGAUCAGAAAACGCGAGCAGGAUAGAAUCAUGGAGGAAAGAAAACGAGAGGAGGAGCAGAGGAAGGCGCGGGAUGUCCUCCUCAAACGACAGAAAAGUGGCGAUGUUUCGUCUGACGAGGAUGACGCUGACAGAGACAAGUUGGAUCGUAACACUGUGAAGAAUCUGAUUGGUCGUUCACAUAGUAUAAAGAAAAACAAGGGAGAUAAGAAAGGGGACAAGGAGAGUAGUGGAAAAGAGGUACGACGAGCCAUCAGUUUCAAGGCUCGUACUGAUGGUGCAGGCUCCCCUCCGCCGGUGCUACAAAAAGCUUAUGAAUUUAGACAAGGGGAGGGAAUAGUUCAAAAUGACAGUGAUGAGCUGGACGCUCCAACCCUGCCAGAUGCCCCACCUCCAGAGAUGCUGGGUGUGAAUGACCAACAGGCUAUGCCUGGAAGGUCGCCUCAGCUCAGCCCCAAACAGAAACGUAUCGAGGCUCUCAAGGACGAUGGCAAAGAUAAGAAAAAGAGGACUCCUAGUUUUAAUCUUCGAAGACGAACACGUAGUUUUAAGGAAAAAUAUAAACUUCCUGAUAAUUUACCCCCUGCAGAAGUUGAAGGACUUUUAGAACGCAAGCAGGAAUUACAAACUGGUGGUAAAAAAGCCACAAUUCGGUCCUGGAAAUCUAUGUAUACUGUAUUAUAUGGACAAAUUAUGGCAUUUUUCAAAGACAAGGAAGCUUCUGCGGAGAAAGUGCCCUGUGCUCCGUCCCUAUUCAUACACAAUGCUUACUGUGAAGCUGCCAGAGACUACCACAAAAAGAAAAAUGUAUUUCGACUACGACUCAAAGAUGGUGCUGAAUAUUUACUGGAGGCAGGGAACCAGGGCGAAAUGAAUGAUUGGCUGUCUAAAGUCAGCCAUUUUGCAGCUCAGUUGCCCAUGCACACAGAUUCGGAAUUCAUACAUAAUUCUGAUCAGGCGGACGACGAUGGAGGGGCAGAAGAUGACAUGCUGGAAGACUCAGAGUUGAGGGCAAUAUUUACAGCUGCUCAAGUAUCUGAUGAUGUUGCCGAGGCCAUGGCCAACACGGAACAUCCUGAGGGUCGGGCACGCAGCACAUCUCCUUUGGCACCUCACAGAGAAUCUCAGGAGUUCAGAGAGGAGGACCUGGCCAGAGUACGUCAGAUGGCUGACAGUGGUGACUCCCCACGUGUUCCAGGAAUCUCAAUGGAGGUUUCUGAGACUGAACCCAGACAACAGGAAAGUCCAAGGGAGGAGUUCACUGACCACCAGACACCUGUUAAUGACCGGACAGCCAGCAGAUUGAGUGACCCAUCUUCAGAUCAUGAUGAGGCAGCAUCACCUCCAGCUUUGCCAGUCUCUGAUCAGCCACCGAUUACCAUGGCAACUUCUGACCAGUCACCUGUAGUCAUGGCAACAUCUGAUCAGUCACCAGUGGUCACACCUCGCAGUUACAAUGGUAGUGAUGAACUCAAUGGAGAUGGUCAGGACCAUCAACCAUACCAACAGGAAAGUCCAAGAGCAAGACCUCGUCCAGCCCCUAGGGACCGCCCAAUGUCAGAGCAGCUUGGUGCUGAGGAGGCUGACCAUGGAGAUGAUGACAAGAAGGCCAAGAGGAGGAGCGUGUUUGGCUUCCUCAAGAAGAAGAAGGACAAAGACCACGAGGAACAUAAGGAGCACAAAGAACACAAAAAGCACAAAAAGGACAAGAAAUCGGAAACGUAGUCUUCACAGCACGGUUGUUACAGGGACGAGGUGUUUCCCAACAUGGCUACAGGGUCAAGGUGACCGAACAAAGACAUAAAAGUUAAAGGAUGGGAAAUCGAAAUGUCACAAACAGUUGACCACUUUUACAACUAACAAAACAAAUUUAGUUUUAAGUUUGGUGAUGCUCUGCUGAAGGGGAUGAAAAAACAAUGUUUAUGAUUCUCAAAUUACCUGAUACAAGGUGAUUAAUUAUGCUGAGACAGGUGAUAAAGAUAAUUAAUUACAAGGUAGGAAACAGGUGAUUACAAGGUAACGGGAGAUACUGGAGUGGCCAGAACACCUUCACUGCCCUUUUAUCCCAAAUUAACAUUUGUGUUCAAUAGAUAGUAUUAAGAUGAGGGUUAUAGACCUGUUGAUAGAAUUUUAAUCUGUUGAUCUAUUAUGAUUUUGUUUAUAAAAUCAACAAGAUGACACUGUAACUUUUAGAUAGUUUAAGCAAUUAAUAUAUGAAUAUCUUUCAUAUUGUAAAUGGGGAUAGAAGAAAGUGCUUUUAUUUCUACCAAAUAUUCCUUUACAAAUGAAUUUUCUUACAUUUUCCAUCACAUUACCAGGAUAAUGUCAAACCCUACUGAGUUUUUCUCAUUAUCGCCCAGAGGGGCGUGUUCUCUAAAGAUGUUUUGUAAUAUUUCCUGACCUUAUAGGUCCUAAAGGAUUUGUUAUGAUUCCGACAGUUGAACCGAUUCUUUAUGAUUCCGACAGUUGUUGCGGUAUAUGUGUAGGUUUUUUUAUGUAUUUAUUACCAGGUGUCGUAUUCGAUAUGUUAUGAAAUAUUAUACAAUAGGCUAUGCAUACAGAGUAGUACUUAUCAGUCCUGAAACAUCUAACAUUUUUUGGUUACUUUACUUCUUUAACUGCCAGUAGUCCUUUAAAAUGGCAUUACUUACAAAGAUGUUCGGUAAUGUGGUAUAUUACUAAGUAUACACCUUUAUCAUGAUAUAUGAUGUAAUAUAUUGUUAAAGACUCAUCGUUGAUUUUUCUUAUAUUGAAUGUCGGAUAUUAAACUUAAUGUUGUCUAGCACAAAGAAAUAAGAAAACAACUAUUUUUGAUAAAUUAUUAUGAACAAUAUGCAACAAAUCCAUCCAUUCAUGUAUCAUAUUUUUUUCAUCGCUGCAAUAAAUUUUGCUGUCAUUUAUUCAUAAUGACAAUUUAUUCCUGUUAAGUUUUUAUUCCCUUUAAAUUUUAGAAGGUCAAUUAAAGAAUAUGAAUAUUUGUUAUUUUUGUCUAAAAUAUUGUUUGCUUGGAAUGAAGACAAUAUUUCACACAAGUGUGAAACUUUGCUGGGACCAAUAUAGUUACAACAUUACAGAUCAGUCAAACUUUGAUGGGACCAAGAAACUUUUCCUAUAAAUUGAAAACAUUGUUGGGACAAAGAUUUUUCAUAUUAUCUUAAACAUUGCUUGGACCAAGACUUUUCACAUUAUCUUCAACAUUGUUGGGACCAAGACAACUUUUCAUCUUUCUUCUGAUUUAUAUUCUUUUGUUUCAUGAAAUAUUAACUUAAUGAAAAAUGUGAUGACACAAAAAGCGUCAUUGAUGUCAUGUGUAUGUUAGUGAUGUGAUAAAAAGGAUAUGGGCUGUGACAAAGGAGUGGACAUCUCAAGUAAUUUUCAUUUGAACAAUAUAUAAUUUUAUGAACUCUAAUGAAAUAGGCAUGAACUAAAGUCAGUUAUAAAAACAAAAUUUGAAUUAUUUUUUAUAUUUAUUUUUAUGACUAUAAUUAAUUGUUCUACAUGAUGCUCUUCUGUAAAAGCAAUUUUAAAAGUUAAAUGAUUAUAGGAAAUAACUUAUAAUUAAUAAUAUAAUUAAUCUGGUUCAGGUGAAAAUAAAAUGUUUUUUAAAGGUACUAUACCUUACUGUUAGGGAUGGGGGAAUAUUAAAGGAUGUCCAUAUAUGGGGAUACAAAGUUUAUAUAAAUAUAUUUAUAUACUGUGCAUUGUCUCAUUGUGUUCCCUUUGGAACUGGUAUUACUAGAUAUUGUUGGUUAUUUUUUGGCAACCCAGGUUGUGAAAUCCGCUUAUGAUACCGGUAAAGAUUUUUGAAAGAAGAAUCUGGAGUCUACCAAGAUCAAGGUUGUCUUUUUAGGGGAAUAUGGAGUUAAUCGAAGUCGAGGACAAAUUUUCCGAGGCUGGAGUAAAUUAAGGUCAAUAAAGUUUGUGAAAGUGGAGGCCAGAGUUAAUUUGAGUUCAGUCCAAAUUCUCUACCUGAAGAAAACAAAGCAGAUGAUAUCCUGCUUCUUUCAUUGGUUAAUUUGAAUACUUAUCUGAAAUACUGUCACAUGUGAUGUCCUUGGGAGACGUGUAUUGCCAGUCUUCCUGAUGUCCCUGUGAGAAUAGCUAGUUAUUCCCCUUACCAUCACAGGUCACACCGUUCACACACAUCUUAUUUGUUGAGUUUUGUAUGUUUAUGAUUCAUUUGAAGGAAACCUAUUUCUUGUUUUGAAUUAAAGUGCUGUAAUAUUUUCCCCCUCGAGUCAAAUUACUUUACUAUGUAAUGUUGAUAUUUAAUAUUUUAGACUAAAUUAUAACUUGUUUUAGUAUUUAUCCAUACAAUGUAAAACACGUGGGAUCAUUGUGAUGAGAACAAUUCUUCAUUUACCUGUAAUAAAUGGUUAGUGUGUAGUUUACCUGUAAACAUUAUAGACAUAGUUUGUCUACACCUGUGAUUUAAUCCACUAUUUACUCCCUCUGUGAUUUAGGGGUGUCGCCCUUCAUACAUCAUGGAUCUGAAUGUGUAUCAUUUUAUGUAAUUAUUUUACUCUUGUAGCCUUUAAAUACACUAUAAUACAUUUUCAUCAUAUGAAAGUAAUUUAUAUGUGUAAAGCUUGAUGUAUAGAACACUAAUAUUAGUAUAGUUCAGGAAAUAUACUGACAAUAUUAGAACUAUUAUCCUAUAUAUCACAGAUGCCAAAAUAACAAUUGUAUGAGAAUACUAUAUCAGAUUAUACAUUGCAGUAUUGCUAUAUUGUAAAUACUACAAUUUAUAUACAGGACUAACAUUGUUACAGUUCACAAAAGCAAUAAAUUGUAAUAAAACCUAUUAAA